UCCUCACCUACAGAGAAAGUUUUUUUUCUGCUGUCGAUUACUGAUUCACUCAGUCCAGGGAAGGGCUGCUUUCCAGUUUGGUUUGAAUGCCAGUCCUCUAAUCAGCUGGAGAAAAGGAGUCACUUAUAUAAGCCAAGGGAAAGGAAAUGCUUCUGCGAUACAGCUCACAUGAAUAGCUAGAACUGAGCACUGGUUGACUUCUGAGUCCAGCUUCUGCAUCUUCUCACCCUCUUUCUUUAGGGGUCUGUUGACUGUGAGAAGUGACAAUCUGGGAGGCUUUCCUCUUCUUACUGGUCUUUCUUUUUCAAGGCAGUUGGUGAAGUCAAGUGGAAGGCAUGACCCCCUCCUCAGACAAAGACCUCAACGGGCUAGAUAACCCUGGCUUCGUGGGUGAAGAUGGGAGCCACUACUGCUCCUUUCCAGAUAGAGCUACCCGGGGCCCAGAGGAAGGGGGGGUCAUGGCCCGAGGCAGCAGCAAGCUUGCUUACAUCAUCACGGAUGUGCCCCCCUGGUACCUGUGCAUCCUGCUGGGCAUUCAGCAUUUCCUGACAGCCAUGGGAGGUCUUGUAGCCAUCCCGCUGAUCCUCUCCAAAGAGCUUUGCCUCCAGCAUGACCUCCUCACCCAGAGCCACCUGAUCAGCACCAUCUUCUUUGUCUCGGGGAUUUGCACCCUGCUGCAAGUCCUCUUUGGAGUCAGGUUGCCUAUUAUUCAAGGAGGUACGUUUGCGUUUCUGACCCCUACCUUGGCCAUGCUGUCUCUCCCCAAGUGGAAGUGCCCUGCCUGGACGCAGAAUGCCACCCUGGUGAAUGCCACUUCACCAGAGUUCAUUGAAGUCUGGCAGACCCGGAUGCGAGAGGUGCAAGGAGCUAUCAUUGUAGCUUCCUGCUUUCAAAUCUUUGUCGGAUUUUCUGGCCUGAUCGGAUUUCUGAUGAGGUUCAUCGGCCCCCUGACAAUUGCCCCCACCAUCACCUUGGUUGCGCUACCUCUCUUUGACUCAGCUGGGGAUGAUGCUGGGCAGCACUGGGGCAUAGCAUUCAUGACUAUUUCUUUCAUAGUUCUGUUCUCUCAGUACUUGAAAGAUGUCCCUGUACUGCUGCCGUCUUACCAGAGAGGCAAGAAGUGCCACCUGUCCCCAGUCUACCUCUUCCAGAUCUUCCCGGUGCUGCUGGGGCUCUCCCUGAGCUGGCUGCUCUGCUACGUACUGACGGUGACCGAUGUCCUCCCUGCGGACCCUACUGCAUACGGCCACCUGGCCCGGACAGACACUCGUGGGGAUGUUUUGUCCCAGGCCCCCUGGUUUCGGCUGCCUUACCCAGGCCAGUGGGGAGUGCCAACUGUCAGCCUGGCUGGGAUAUUCGGCAUCUUAGCUGGGGUGAUUUCCUCCAUGCUGGAGUCCGUGGGAGAUUACUAUGCCUGUGCCCGCCUGUCUGGAGCCCCCCCCCCUCCAAAGCAUGCCAUCAGCCGCGGGAUCGGGGUGGAAGGCAUCGGCUGCCUCCUGGCUGGGGCCUGGGGGACGGGGAAUGGCACCACAUCGUACAGUGAGAACGUGGGGGCUCUGGGCAUCACCAAGGUAGGGAGUCGAAUGGUGAUCAUUGCCGGUGCCUGUGCCAUGCUCCUGAGUGGCAUCUUCGGGAAAGUUGGGGCAAUGCUUGCCAGCAUACCCACCCCCGUGAUUGGGGGCAUGUUCCUUGUGAUGUUUGGAGUUAUCACGGCAGUGGGGAUUUCCAAUUUGCAGUACACAGAUAUGAACUCUUCCAGAAACAUCUUUAUCUUUGGAUUUUCUAUAUUUGCUGGCCUCACGGUUCCCAACUGGGCAAGCAAAAAUAGUACACUGCUGGAAACAGGAAUCAUCCAGCUGGACCAGGUGAUCCAGGUGCUUCUCACCACUGGCAUGUUUGUGGGCGGACUCUUGGGGUUUAUCCUUGACAACACCAUUCCAGGAACAUUGGAGGAGCGGGGGCUCCUGGCAUGGAAGCAUAGCCACAAGGGAGAGGCGGACAACUCCCAGCUCGUUUCCAAGGUCUAUGAUCUUCCGUUUGGCAUAGGCACCAAAUACUGUGCUGUCUCUUGGUUUCAGUAUCUCCCUGCUUGCCCCAAAAGACUACCUGGUGACAAGAGAAUGAAUGAACUGAAGGCUGCUAGACAGGAAAACAGUGUUAAAGCAAGCUCAGAAAGAGACUCUGAGGUAGAUGCUGAUACAAGGAUAUAAGCACCUGGCCUGCAGGUGAACUCAUUGCAGAAGAGGGUCUGAAAAGCGAGUUGGCAGUCCCCAUCGUUUGAACAUGAGCUGGAAGCUGUUAAAGGCUGGAGCAGGAGAAUGAUAAUGUCUUUCCCUUCCCAGUUCUGCCCCCUGCACCACUGGUAACCUUGAGGGAGAAAUUUUUCUCCUCUCUGCUCCUGCCUACCCACCUCUAGGAAGAGCAUAAUCCCUCUCUGGGGAACACCAAAUCCCAAUAAAUGCCUGGGAAAGAUGUUCAGUUUUCUUCUUUGCACUGACCCUUGGGGAACUCCAGCCUUUUAGCUGAAGCAAAGCUUUUCCUGUCCCUUGUCCUGGCUGCUCAAGUGGCCACCGGAGAAGGCACACCUGAUGUAGGCCCUGUACCACUCUCAGGCAUGCCUUGGGCUGAGGUUAAUCCCACCACCUUAAAGAUCUGUAAUGGCAACCCUCACCUCUCAGCUUGUGGUUCAGACCUCAUCCUGGCCAAGGGGAAGGAGCGGGCACCUCUAUGUCAUGAUUCAUCUCAUUCAUAUUCCAUAAUUUAGUCACAUGAAUGCUGUUGUAAGAGAGGUGCCUAAGGUUAGUAGGAUGGAUUGCCUUCUGAACAUGACUCUCCCACCUUAGGCUGCAGAGGGAAUCAGAGACCUUACUUAGGUUCAUUACCCAAUAGAAAAACCCAGUUUCACUGAAAUGAAUCCCACCUGGGAUGCUGGGAGCAGUCUCAGGGGAGCCAGCUUCCUCACGGCUCCAAGCCCUACAAAGAUGAAGGAAUUGUAUCAAAGAUGAAUCUGAUGCAUCCUUCCUACUGCUGCAUCCACUGUACCUGUUCGGUCUGGUGUGGUGAUUGUGUAGCAACCACCGCUCGUCUAGAAAACAGUUUGCAGAUUCUCGUUCCUGUCCACUACCAGCAGAAACAGUUUUAACCUAUAUGGCCAUAUAUAAUGUGAUUGCACUUGGUGCUCAUUGCCAGUGGUGUGUCAUAAUAAUUGUCGGUGUAGCAUAAGUUUGUGUCUCUCGCACUGAAAUUUAUACUUAAGAUUUUUUUUUUAAAUAAAUAAAUAAA